UUGGUUGAUUUGGUUCAGUGUAUCGAUAAGAGGUGAAGUUAAUCUGCCUGUUGCUUGUAAGUGCUAAAUAUAACCAAAAUGUCGACUGAAGGAGAGUAUGACUGCAUCGUGAUUGGGGCUGGGGUCCAGGGUUCUUUCACGGCCUAUCAACUGGCAAAAAAGAACAAGAAGACGCUUCUGCUGGAGCAGUUUAUCCUGCCACACACCCGAGGGAGCUCCCAUGGCCAGACCCGCAUCAUCCGCCGGGCCUACGAGCAGGACUUCUAUUGCCACAUAAUGGAUGAGUGCUACAAGCUGUGGGCUGAGCUGGAGAGGGAGGCAGGUGUCAAACUGUACAGACAAACAGGACUCCUGGUGAUGGGACCAGAGAAGAGUGAGAGCUACCAGAUGUAUAAGAACACCCUGCAGAAGAACAAGAUUCCGAUGGUGGUCCUGACCUCUGACAACUUCAGCCAACAUAUCCCUCAUGUCAGAUUGGCUAAGGGAGAUGGAGCGGUGGUAGACACAACUGCAGGUGUUUUGUAUGCUGAUCGUGCACUGAAGACUGUACAGGGGCUGUUUCAGAAGUUAGGUGGGGUCUUAAGAGACAACGAGAUGGUAACAGACAUCAAGCCUGGUUCUGUGGUGACAGUGUCAACCACUGCUGGUGUUUAUCGAGCCAAGAGACUGGUGAUCACCGCUGGACCUUGGGCUAAUAAACUGCUAGCCCACACUGGCUUACACUUGCCACUUGAGGUGUGGAAGAUCAACGUGUGUUACUGGAAAGAGAAGGUUCCAGGAUCAUACAACAUAAAGCAGCGUUUUCCCUGUUUCUUGUUGACUGAGGGCGAGGAGUUGACAGAGCAUGUCUAUGGCCUUCCAUCAAAUGAGUACCCAGGCCUAAUGAAGAUAUGCUACCACAGGGGUAGUAAGACAGACCCUGACCAGAGAGACAAGCAGACAGACAGGUCUGACAUUGACAUCCUUCAGCGCGUCAUUGCCCGUUGGUUUCCCGGCCUGGUCCCUGAACCUGCUGUGGUGGAGACCUGCUUGUAUACGGUCACGCCUGACUAUCAUUUUGUGCUUGACUGCCAUCCUGCCUACAGAAACAUUGUGAUUGGAGCUGGAUUCUCAGGUCAUGGCUUCAAGUUUGGACCAAUAAUUGGCAAGCUUCUGUGUGAACUCAGCCUGGGAGAAAAGCCCUCCUAUGAUCUUUCACCUUUCCGAAUUAGACGCUUCCAGGCAAAGACCAAAUCUGCUUUAUAGAGCUAUGACUGGAUACUCAGAAUCUGCUGAUCACAAGGAAGUAUUCAUUAAUUGCAGCUGCAGUAUCAUUUGAAAUUGUCAUGAUGAUUUUGCCCAGAGUUGUCGAUUCUAUCUGAUUUAAUUUUUUCUUUUGAAUGUAAACUCACACUCAUACGCUAGCAAGAAACAGCAGGUUUUGACACUGAUGCCCUCCCCUUCCUCAGCUUUCAAAUGUUAGCUUGAAAGAUUUGAGCUUGGAGGAAGGUAAUUUUAUUAUUGUUAUUGUUCAUUUCAGAAUUUGUCAGUUGGUGCUUAAAAACUGUAUUCAAAGUUACAUUCCAUUACACCAAAUGAGACAGCGAGGCAGACAGCAGCUACAGAAUGAAUGGAGAGACGGAAUGGCAUUAGUUCAAACAUAAUGUGAAUCACAGAAAUAAACCAUUAAUUUCUUAUUGGUUCACAGAGGUUACAUUCUAACACACAAAAACAAUCCCAUGGGAAUGUGCCACAUUGCUAGAUUUUGUGUGAAUUCAGUCAAAGCACAUGCUUGAUGCUGUCCACUGUGUGUAGCUCAGCCCCAUGUUCAAACAAACACAGACCUGCAGCUCAAGUCACUAAGGCAUAGAAGAGCAAGGAGGUUUAUACUGGGAAUAUCAACGACAGAAACUUACAUCAGGUUACAUGGGGAAAAGUUUGUAGAAAGCCUUGGGAAUAUAGCAUUUUUAUGGUUAAAUAUGUAUAGUUGAACAACUUUGAAUGUGUGCAUUUGAAUAAGGAACACUACUGGGAAGCUAUGGAAUGAUGUAAAAAUGCAAAAAUAAUAAUAAAAUAAAUAAUAAUGGGCUGGCCAUUGUUAACACAAUCA